CUGUACUUAAUCUUGCUGGCCUUGUGACAGACGGCAGCCCAGGAGACACAGGGAAGGACCCUAAGCAGCAUGAUUGCUCAAGGCAUCUCAGGGCUGAUGCGGCCCUUGCUCCGUGGGCUGAAUGCAAGCAAAAUUCGCUUUAUUCAUCUCUGCAGCGUGACUGAGCAGCACCGCACACCAGCUAAGCAGGGGUCAGAAAGAGGCUUCAGCUCCACGCCCAAGCGCCAGGAUGCCCCUGGGAAACCGAGCUCUGCAGACCAGGUGACAGUGCAUUUUAUAAAUCGGGAUGGAGAACGACUUACAGCCACAGCCAAGGAAGGAGAGAGUUUGCUGGAAGUGGUAGUCAAUCAAAAUCUGGCCAUUGAUGGAUUUGGUGCCUGUGAGGGGACAUUAGCCUGCUCUACCUGCCACCUCAUCUUUGAGAAGGACACCUACCAAAAGCUGGGCACCAUCUCAGAUGAGGAGCUGGACAUGCUGGACUUGGCAUAUGGCCUCACUGAGACAUCUCGUCUUGGCUGCCAGGUAUGCAUUAAGAAGUCGAUGGAUGGUCUGACGGUGCGGGUCCCCAUGGAUGUAUCGGACAUCAGGAGGCAACUGGAGGUUGGAAAGCAAAGCAAACAGUAACUGGAAAUGACUCCUGCAUGACGCAUUCUCAUUUCCAGUGUGGCAGGGUACUUUUGCUUUUGGUUAACACUAUAGCUUUUUGUGUCUGGCUUGCAACAGACCACAGAAGUCGGAUUGGGUUGAAAUGCCUGUUCGGCAACUGUCUUAUUUAAACAAAACUUAAAGCUAGGGGUUUUGGUACAUGUUUUAAGGGCUUAAAUGCUCUGCUGAAUGCAGCUGGACUAAAGCGUAUGGCUUUACAUUUCCCUGGGCAUGUGACAGUAAACAACUGUAAAUGACUUGCCCUCUCCUCUGAAAUGUAAGGAAUUCUGCUACUCUAAGUGACUGCUGGGAAUUUUGCAAGGCUUGGUUCUUCAAUCAUAGAGCGGAUCUUUCCCAUUGGGAAGCUUAAGAAGAGAUACCUGUUCCAAAUGCAAAACUGUGUGUUGGUUGGGUUGGUAAAACGGGCAAACUGAGUUUGGUUAGCAAGAGCAUCCUGAUAACCAUUUGAAUGCUGGCAUUUCCUAUAAGGGGGAACCACUUUCUAUGAGCUUGGGCUGUUACACAUCACUGAAUUGUUAUGUCCCAUGAUCUGCUACUUUCUCCAAAUAUUAAAUUUUCCCAUUGCUGUACUACCA